UUAGCUAUUUCUAUCCUCAUCUUCUUUGCAAUACAUUUAACUGUGCCUAUAUUAAACAUGACAUCUUCAACAACAAUUUGCGACUUUUUAUUAACUACCGUUUGUUUAUCUUGUGAAAUCCGUUUUAAUAUCAUUGAUGACGUCAAAAUCAGAAUUUUGGUACAAGUAGCAGCUGAUGAAAUUUGUGGAACCAAUGUGGAAUUAAUUCUGGGCAUCGUAGAAUUUGUGGAUACUGGAAUUCUGGGCGUCGUGGAAUUAAUUCUGGGCGUUGUAGAAUUUGUGAAUGCUGCAGUGGGAUGA